UGCUCGGCCGUGUUCCUCUUUGGCGGUCGGAACUUCUCGGAGAAUUACCUCUGCCGCCAUCAGUUUCCUCUCUUUCUCGCUCUCUCGAGUCCAUCAACCGACCUAAUCGCUCCCAGCUAUGUCAGCCUCAUCUGCCGCACUUAGAUUUCCCAAAGACUUCCACUGGGGUUACGCAACGGCUUCCGCCCAGGUCGAAGGAUCCAUUGACCAGGACGGUCGAGCUCCAAGUAUUUGGGAUACUUUCAGUAGACUCCCUAAUAAGACGCUGGAUGGGACCGAUACGACAGUCACUACGGACACCUAUGUUCAAUGGCGAGGUGACAUCGAGCUCAUGAAGUCAUACGGCGUCAACUCGCAUCGACUCUCCCUCAGCUGGUCUCGAAUCAUCCCACUCGGUGGGAAAGACGAUCCCGUCAACCAAGCUGGAAUUGAUUGGUACCGUGAAUAUCUCAAGGCGCUGGUGGACGCUGGUAUUACUCCCUUUGUGACCCUAUUCCACUGGGAUCUUCCUCAAGCUCUCGAAGACAGAUACAAGGGGUUCCUCAGCCGGGAUAUCGUAGCCGAUUUCGAGCGUUAUGCUCGGGUGUGUUUUGAAUCUUUCGGUGACUUGGUCCGGGACUGGUUUACCAUCAACGAACCCAACGUAUUUUCCAUGAUGGGAUACCUUUUCGGAUCUCACGCUCCCGGCCGGACCUCGAACCGAGAGAAAUCCGCUGAGGGAGAUUCGCAGCGAGAACCUUUUCUCGUUGGACACAAUUUGUUGCUUUCUCACGCCUCGGCGGUGAAGUCUUAUAGGGAAGAAUUCAAGCAGAAACAAGGCGGUCAGAUUGGCUUGGUGGUCAACAUGCUUUGGGGGGAGCCUCUCGAUGACUCGGCCGAAAAUCUCACUGCAGCCGACGAGUUUAUGGCUCAAUCGAGUGGAUGGUUCAUCGAACCAGUAGUGUUCGGUGACUACCCUCCUUCGUCUAGGAAGAUCUUCGAAGGUCAUCUCCCCAAGUUUUCAGCAGAGGACAGCGCACUGGUCAAGGGCUCAUGUGAUUUCCUAGGAAUCAACCACUAUAGCACCUUCUACAUCAAGAGGCGUACCACUCCUGCCGAGCCUGGUGUGCCCUGGACAAUCCUUCAUCCCGCCGUCGAGCUUGGGAUCCACGACAAGCACGGAAAUGAGAUCGGCCCUGUCGGCGGUGUCAACUUUGUGAGGAUUGUACCUUGGGGAUUUGGAAAGCUACUCGAUUGGACUUGGAAGAAGUACCAGUUGCCUAUUUACAUCACUGAAAACGGUGCUGUCUGCCCCAAUGAGAACGACAUCCCCUUCCCCGACGUCCUGGACGACCACUUUCGAAUCGAAUAUCUCACCAAGUACGCCGAUCAGGUCGCUAUGGCCAUACAGAGGGGUGUUCCUGUCAAGUCCCAUCUCAUGUGGGCUUUGACUGACAAUUUUGAAUGGCAAGAAGGUCAUACGGCCAGAUUCGGAGUGACCUAUAUAGAUUACGAGGAUGAUUGCAAGCGGUAUCCUAAAAAGUCCGCGGCCGUCAUGAAGGAGUACUAUCGAUCUAGGAUAGAAUGAGAACCGGAAAUGUAUGCGACUACGGGAUUUGGUAAUCUGUCACGUGCAAGCGAUUGAACAAAGAGCCAAUUCAAUCCUCCACCUCGUGUUCCUGAUCGACGAUAUCGAUACGAUCUCGGCAAUAGCGCUUCUUCGAG